GCCUCUGCUUCCUGUCACACCCAGACGAGUGCUGAGGCUGAAGCAUCCUUCACACACGACCUAAAGGACUUCGCUGCACAGCAGGCCACACAACCUCCACGAUUCGGUCCUUAAGACGCGGAUCAGCAACAACGUGCGGGCGACGGAAACGGAACCUUAAGAUUCGGAGUGCCGAUUGCCAGAGAACAAGUUUCCCGGAUGCGCCAAGACGCCGCAACCGGGCGUGGCGGGCGGAGCCUCGAGAGACUAGCGUCCGUCCCAGCCAAUCAGCGAGCACCGGCGGAGCCGUAGUCCAAUGGAGGUGCCCUGUGGGCACGCCGGGGGCGGGCCAGCUGCGUAAGACUUUUCGAGAAGACCCGCAUAGAGCACGUUGUUCUCGGCCUCUCCCUGAGCUAGGCCGGCCAUGGCGGCGGUGAAGAGCCUAAACCCUAAAGCCGAGGUGGCCCGGGCGCAGGCAGCGUUGGCGGUGAACAUCAGCGCAGCACGGGGCCUGCAGGAUGUGCUGAGGACCAACUUGGGGCCUAAGGGCACCAUGAAGAUGCUUGUUUCUGGUGCUGGAGACAUCAAGCUUACUAAAGAUGGCAAUGUGCUGCUCCAUGAAAUGCAAAUUCAACACCCAACCGCCUCUUUAAUAGCAAAAGUAGCUACAGCCCAGGAUGACAUAACUGGUGAUGGUACUACAUCCAAUGUCCUUAUCAUUGGGGAGCUGCUAAAACAGGCAGACCUCUACAUUUCCGAGGGUCUUCAUCCCAGGAUAAUAACUGAAGGUUUUGAAGCUGCAAAGGAAAAAGCACUCCAGUUUUUGGAACAAGUCAAAGUAAGCAAAGAGAUGGACAGAGAAACACUCAUCGAUGUGGCCAGAACAUCUCUUCGAACUAAAGUUCAUGCUGAACUUGCGGAUGUCUUAACAGAGGCCGUAGUGGACUCCAUUUUGGCUAUUAAGAAAGCAGAUGAACCCAUUGACCUCUUCAUGGUUGAGAUCAUGGAGAUGAAACAUAAAUCUGAAACUGAUACAAGCUUAAUCAGAGGGCUUGUUUUGGAUCAUGGAGCACGGCAUCCUGAUAUGAAGAAAAGAGUAGAAAAUGCCUACAUCCUCACAUGCAACGUGUCCUUGGAAUAUGAGAAAACAGAAGUGAAUUCUGGGUUUUUUUACAAGAGUGCAGAAGAGCGAGAAAAACUAGUAAAGGCUGAAAGAAAAUUCAUUGAAGAUAGAGUUAAAAAGAUAGUAGAACUGAAGAAGAAAGUCUGUGGUGAUUCAGAUAAAGGAUUUGUUGUUGUUAACCAAAAGGGGAUUGAUCCCUUUUCCUUGGAUGCCCUUGCAAAAGAAGGCAUUGUGGCUCUGCGCAGGGCCAAGAGGAGAAACAUGGAGAGGCUGACGCUUGCUUGUGGUGGUAUAGCUCUAAAUUCCUUAGAUGACCUGAAUCCUGACUGUUUGGGACAUGCAGGUCUUGUCUAUGAGUAUACGCUGGGCGAAGAGAAAUUCACCUUUAUUGAGAAAUGUAACAAUCCCCGUUCUGUCACAUUACUGGUUAAAGGACCGAACAAGCACACACUGACUCAAAUCAAGGAUGCGAUAAGAGAUGGCUUGAGGGCUGUCAAGAACGCUAUUGAUGAUGGCUGUAUUGUCCCAGGCGCUGGUGCAAUAGAAGUGGCAAUGGCUGAAGCUCUGAUUAAAUACAAGCCCAGCGUGAAAGGCAGGGCUCAGCUUGGAGUCCAGGCAUUUGCAGAUGCCUUGCUCAUUAUUCCCAAGGUUCUUGCACAGAACUCUGGUUUUGACCUUCAGGAAACAUUAGUUAAAGUUCAAGCUGAACAUUCAGAAUCGGGUCAACUUGUUGGUGUGGACUUGAACACAGGGGAGCCAAUGGUAGCGGCAGAGAGGGGUGUGUGGGAUAACUACUGUGUGAAGAAGCAGCUGCUUCACUCCUGUACUGUGAUUGCCACCAACAUUCUCCUGGUUGACGAGAUCAUGAGAGCGGGAAUGUCCUCUCUGAAAGGCUGAGGAAGCCCCUUGUCACUGCAUCUGUAGUACUACAGAAUGGUGUGGAGAAAUGGUCGUUUUUGUCCAAAUGAUUUGGAAAAGAAUUUCCUCUUCCCGGUUGAAGAAAAGGAACAAGACAUUUGCAUCUAUUCAAAUUAUAAUACUGAAAAAAAAGCUGCGCUGAGUGUAUGCUUAUGCUCAUAAAGAGAGUCCUUUUUAAUCCACUGAACAUGUUUUAGCUACAGCAACACAAAAAAUUACAUAUUAAGAUGAACGUGUUGUCUACCUUGUUCCUUAAAUGUUCUUCAAAAAAUUGUGAUGGUUUUUUUUCUUAACAGCAUGGUGGUGCUUGUCUGUAAGCCUAGAACUGUGGAAAAAGGGUUCAGAAGUUCUGUCCCACACAGGCUACAGGAGACCCUUGAGCUCAAAAGAAUUUUUUCCCUCAUGUUUGUAUUUUAAAUUAGACAGCUAACUCCCUGUUAAACACGUAGGAUUCUUGCAAGUGCAAAACACAUCUGGGUAAUUUAUGGUUUUCAUGGUGUCUCUAAUAAAUACUUAAAAGUGUA